AUGACUUUUGAAGCUGUUGCGUGGGUUUGCUUUGGCACCGACUUCAUGAACAAUCAGUGGUCCUGGCGUAUCCCUGCAAUCCUCCAGGCUCUUCCUUCAGUCGUUCAGAUCGUCGGAAUCUACUGGGUACCUGAGUCGCCAAGAUACUUGAUCGCGAACGACAGGCUUGACGAGGCACUGACCAUUCUUGCUAAGUACCAUGCUAAUGGAGACGCCGAGAAUCCUACCGUCAAGUUUGAGUACCGCGAAAUCAGAGACACGAUCAGGAUGGAGCGGGUAGCGAAGGAACAUAGUAGCUACCUCGACUUCUUCCGCAGCCCUGGCAACCGCUACAGGCUGAUGAUCUUGAUUUCUUUGGGUAUCUUCUCUCAGUGGUCAGGCAACGCCAUCAUCUCAAACUACACCAACAUCUUGUACGAUAAUGCUGGAAUCACAAACUCGACGGCUAAGCUGGGUCUCUCUGCUGGUUCCUCAAUGGUAUCACUCAUUGUUUCGAUCACGUUUGCCCUUAUGGUUGACAAGUUCGGCCGCCGUCCGAUCUUCCUUACAUCCACCGGAGGAAUGUUCGGUACCUUCAUCUUUUGGACUUUGACCUGCGCGCUCUACGAAGAGUACGGGUCUCCGGGCGCAAACCAUGCGAUGAUCUUCUUCAUCUGGGUCUUCAACGUCGCCUACGCCAUUGCGUGGUCCGGUCUGCUGAUUGGAUAUGCUGUGGAAAUCCUCCCAUACCAGUUGCGAGCCAAGGGUCUGAUGAUUCUUAACAUUGCUAUCCAGUCGGCGCUUACCCUGAACAACUACGCCAAUCCCGUGGCCCUCAAAUUCUUCGAGGGAGAGACGUGGAAGCUGUACCUCAUCUACACGUGUUGGAUCUUCUUGGAGCUUUGCUUCGUCUUCUUUAAAUAUGUCGAGACGAAAGGCCCUACCUUGGAAGAGCUUGUCAAAGUCAUCGACGGUCCGGAUGCCAACGUUGCUCAGCUUGAUAUCCAACAGAUCGAGAAGGAGGACCAGAUGAACGCUAGCCGCGACAGCGAGACUGCCGAGGGUGUAAACACCGUGGACCACUCUGUCGAAAACAAUGGAACUCAGCGGACUUGA